AUGAAGGUAUCAAGAGCGAAGACGGAGUACUUGUGCUUGAACGGGGUGUCCAGAGGAAGCAUACGGAUGCAAGACCAACAACUGCCAGAAGUAAAUGAAUUCAGGUACCUUGGUAGCACAGUACAAUCGGAUGGUGGAGCAGAAGCAGAGAUCAGCAGAAGGAUCCAAUCAGGAUGGAACAAUUGGGAGAAGAUGACCGGUGUGAUGUGUGACAAGAGGGUCCCAGCCAGAGUUAAGGGAAAGAUCCACCGGACCGUGAUCCAGCCGACAAUGCUUUACGGGCUGGAGACGUUAAAGAGACGUAGAAGGCGACAAGGAGACUGGAGGAGGUGGCCGAGAUGA